AUGUCUGGUGUCUCGCCCCCGAAACCUUGGGAAUUGGCCGGCGUUACCCCUACCCCCGCUCCUUCUACAGUCCCUCUUAUGGCUUCUACAUCCGGGGCAGGCGCUACAGCCGCAGCAGCUUCAGCUCCCGCUAUUCCCGCCAGACCCGCCGCUUUAACAUCGACUGCCGUUAAUAGAAUGGGUGCAGCUACGACCGGAUAUGGUGGAUAUCAGAGUCGGUUAGGAACCGGGUACGGGAUGGGUACUGGAUACGGAAUGGGCGGUGGUUACGGAGGUUAUAGUUCUUAUAGUUCACCUUAUUCACGGUUCGGUGGUGGUGGAUAUGGAGGCUAUGGAGGUUAUGGCAUGGGAGGUUACGGCGGCUACGGAGGAAUGGGUGGCUACGGAGGAAUGGGGCCAGAUCCAAACGACCCUAAUAGCUUGAUGAGGGGUAUGGAAAAUAGCACUGCUGCUACCUUCCAGAUGAUUGAGAGUAUUGUUGGAGCGUUUGGCAGUUUUGCACAAAUGCUCGAAAGCACUUUCAUGGCAACGCACUCUUCAUUCUUUGCUAUGGUCUCUGUAGCGGAACAAUUCGGAAAUCUAAGGACAACACUCGGACAGAUCCUUGGCAUAUUCGCAAUCAUCAGAUGGGUCAAGACUGGUUGGGCGAAACUCACCGGAGGACCACUCCCAGCGAGUGCAGGAGAAUUAACUCCAGAUGCAUUUGCUAAUUUUGCCAGUGGUGGAAAGGGUGCACCAGGCCGGGCAUCACGCACCCCAUCGAAGAAGCCCUUCGUCAUCUUCUUGGUGGCGGUUUUCGGUUUGCCAUACCUCAUGGGCAAGCUUAUCCGUGCUUUGGCAUCAAAGCAGGAAGAGGAGGAUAGAAGACGACAAGAGGCUAUGAAUGCCGCCGCUGGCGGUCAGUCCUUGGAUCUUGCGGAUCCAAUGAAGAAGUUGGACUUCUGCAAGGUUCUCUAUGAUUUCACUCCAGAGAACCCAGCCGUUGAGCUUGAGGUUAAGAAGGGUGAUUUGGUUGCCGUUCUCUCCAAGAUGGACCCCUUGGGUAACGUUUCCCAAUGGUGGAAGUGUAGGACCAAGGACGCUAGGAUCGGGUAUCUUCCGGAGCCGUAUCUCGAACCCCUUGUAAGAAGUGGACAAGUCGUUUCUGGAGCCAAGCAGAUUACAGACGGCUCAGCCAGCAGGACUGCUACCAUGACAGCCGCUAGCAUGAAGAAUGUCGCCGAUAUCAGCAGCCGAACACAAACUAUGACCACAACAAAGCCAGGCGAUAUCAGCAUUGAAAGCUUCCAAAAGAGCAACUUCCUCAACAACUAA